AUGGUGAAGAGUGAAGAUAUGACGAGGGACGAAUUCUAUGCGCUGCCAGCGAUUGCAGUGAACCCGUUGCGAGAUCAAUUGUUCAAGUCAUUGGAGCUUACAGCAACACAGGCGAUCACAUUUGCUGAAUUUGCCAAGUUCGUACAGAUAUUCAGCUACAGUAGCUCACAAGAUACCAAACUCAAAGAAGCAUUCAAGCUCCACGAUUUCGAUGGCGAUGGCAAGAUCUCACGUGACGAUCUUCGAGCGUACUGCGCUCUCGUGUUCCCAAAAAUCCUCGAAAGCGACAGCGACGCCAUUCGUUCUCAACAGGAGGUCAUGGAAACGUUGAUCGAGCACGUCAUGGAUGAAGCCUCUUCGGCUCCGUCCCGCGAUUUUCUCAUCUACGAUGACUUUGUCAAGGUGAUCCAGUCGACAGAUUUCGAGAGUAGGCUGAUCGUCCCGUUCUAA